ACAGAAUACUUACAUUCUCGUUGAGUGAACAAUAUAAGUAAUCAUGUGCAAAUUGUAUAUUUGUUUGAUAAUCGGAUUCGUAACUUGCUCUGUUGUUCCAGCAAAAGGCUUGACGUUGGUUGAAGGUGCCUACGACCGAGAUGAUAAAAUAAUUCCGAAAGGAGGAUCAAUCGUUGUUGAAGAAGGGGAAAACAAGACGCUUGUCUGUAAGACCAGUACGUUGGUGAAGCCAUCUGUGGACCUGGAAUGGACGGUUUUAAAGGGCAUGGACAUGUUAUGGUAUAGCGUUCGACCUCUAAAGCUUAUUAAUGACUCAAAGGAUACUAGACUUACUUUGCCAACACUAACAAUUGACUUCUCAUCAACUUAUAUGGAUGACGAUGAUGGUGAAAUAGAGCUCGUUUGUAUUGUCAAAAAUUCCGACCAAAUCAUCGCAUCCGUCAUCAUAAAAAAGGAAGAAUCCACAACUGUCGGAAACAGUCCUGUGACAAGCCUUCUGUAUAGUAAUUCAAGCACUGCUAAAUGUGGACAGUCGGAAGAUUGGAAGCCAGUGCACACUGUUAUUGUUGUUGGAUGUUCGAGCUUCGUGCUUUUCAUUAUAAGCGUUUGCAGUAUCAUCGGUUAUAGAAAAAAAAUUGGGAAUGCGGACGGAGUUUCAAUGACCAUCAUACACCAGAAGGACUCGAACCAAGAACCCGCUCAUGCUGAUUUUACCAUGUCCAAACCUGGUGUUGCUGGAGAUCCCGCUGUUUCCCGAAGUGAUGUAGUUCCUAAGCAACCCAUCCAGGAUUCUCACGAAUACAUGGAGAUGAAGCCAAUAUCUCUCCCAAGAAUUCCACCCAAUCAUCAAACCAGUCCACCUGGUAACUCUUCUUCUCUAAAUCCAACACAGCCAGCACGUGAUUCAUCACUGCAAGCAUGGCAAGGGGCUUCAACUUUAGAUAUUAUACUAAAUUCCCGUGACGGGGGAUACAUAUCCUGUAAUUCAGGUCCUACAACAUUUUCCCAGCGAGGAAUUGCGUUGGAAAGUCCUGAUUCGGUGAUCACCACAUAUUUAUGAUUUACUUCCAUAUGAUUGGUCAGGGUAUUAGUAAUAGUUACCAUUAUUUUAUAGCCUCUUUUAGAGAAGCUGUGACCACAUCACAAAAAAGUGAAAUAGUAUUGUUAGGGAACACACAUUAAAAGACAUUGAAAUAUGUCUGAUGACGUAAGACAAAUUAAACAUAACUUGGCAAUCUAUUUGUAAUCAAAAUUUUAUUACAUAAUCAACGUUGACUUGACAAAAUAAAUAUUAUAUAUUUUUCAAAUUUUUUUUUAGAUAUCAAGAUUGACUCCUGGUCAUGAGAGCCAUUUGUCUUCCUAAAACUCUCUCUAGAUGAGUGGAAAAAAAUGAAUAAAAAGCUAUAAAAAAUAGUAAAUGCGUUUAAUAAUGUAUAUAAAUUAUUGCAUUGUCCACUACUUUACACUGCAUUUGUGGGACAACUUUCAAUUUAAGCGUGGAAUAGUUUUGAGAUACUUCGGAAAAGAAAUGCAUGAUUUCAUAUAUUUCCUAAGAAAGAAAGUUUAAUCUACUUAUCAGUACCAGAUGUAACAUACUCUCAUCGGUGAACGGGUCAGGCGUGACAAUGAUAUAGUGAUUUAUGUAUAUAAUGUAGGGCUAGUCAAAUCCACGAUCAAUGCACAUACAUUUAUUGUAAUAUAUCAACGUAUAUCAAUUUCACACUUAUGCAUCAGUAUAAUUGUAAGACGCACACAUAUCAACAAAACUGAUACCACUCCACAUUUAAGAGCAUUAGUAGGUAGCUAAUAUUAUGCACUGUUAGAAAAUUUAUCAUUAAAAAAUAGAAUAAGUUCCUGCCGCGGAGUCUCGAGAACGCAUGUAAUCUUACCAGAUUGCGUAAUCUUACAUUAUAUCAUGUAAAAUUACAGGAAAUUGGUAUUUGGUGUAUGGAACCUUACAAAUUUCCUUGAAUAAAAUACCAUUUCCCCCUUUUUAAAGAGACCUGUUCUGUUAAAUUGUAGAAAUAGUCCUGUUUUAUAAAUUUACAUAAUGAUUCUGUUAUUGCUUUCUGCAAAAUCUAGUUUUUUCUGUAAAAUCAGGUUUUUUUUUACAGUGUAUGUGUCAUGAUGAACAAUUAUAAUGCAAUCUUAUGCAAACAAAAUGUAAUCAAUCGUAUUUCUCCGUAUGAAGUGCUAAUUUUAUUAUGUUUUUUUUAAUAGAUAUAUCUAGGGGGUCAAUAAUUUCAGUCUAUGUUUACAUGCACAAUUUUUUUUCACAUUUCCAAGAAAAUAUGGCAUACCACUUUUAUGAAUACUUCACAAACAGUUCACAAACUUGAUUUGAGGUAUUGAAUCUGAGUGUUCUCAGGUUAUAUCAGAGUGCAUAGCACUCAAUUAAGUGAGAAAAUGAAUGUCACUUAACAUGCAUUUUAAUACCAUGAAUACCCCCCCCCCCCCUUCCCCGAAAAAUGGGGGUGGAAGUCAUACUUGAACUUUGAGAUGAACAUUAAGUUUCAGGGAUUCCUAUCCCUGAGGCAAAAUAUGACCUGUUAGCUUACAGUGCCAUUGUGACAAUUCUCGCCUUAAACAUAUAUACUUCACUUAAAGGAAGUGCUUGGUUGACCUCUCUACAUCUCCUCUUGAAGGGGUGACAUGUUUCACUUUCUAGAAAUAGAUGAUGCUUGAAAGUAUCAAUGAUUAAAAAAACAAAAACAAAACAAAAAACUCCUCAUAGCCUUCAAGGUUUUGAAGUUUGUAUAAAUGUUACAAUUGAUGUGUUAAAUCAUUUUCCACUCCUUACCCAAAGUCACUCAAAAGGUUCCCCAAGAUAUGUCAGGAAUGCACAAAUCAUUGCAAAAUAAAUAAAGGAUCCCGAG